AUGCAAAAAAGUGAGGAAAAUAAUGGUUUGAACUACACACUUUUUAACAAAGGUAUUUCUGCAAUUUCCCAGGAGUUAAAUGAUGGCGAUGUCCAAGAGUUGGUGAGGCGGUCAAUUGGAAGGUUGACAAUCAUUCGGCAGACUUUUCCCUUGUCCUUAAACACCACUCACAGCUGUAUUCGUGGGAAGCACAGAAUCUCUCCGUCACUGUGCGAUCCCAAGGACCCUUACAAGAAUAACAUGGAGAUCACCAACCUCUACAUCUAUGACACCGUGGUACUUCUGGCAAAUGCAUUUCACAAGAAGUUGGAGGAUCGGAAAUGGCACAGUAUGGCCAGCUUGACAUGCAUCAGGAAGAACUCCAAGCCUUGGCAAGGUGGACACUCCAUGUUAGAGACUAUCAAGAAGGGUGAAGUGAAUGGGAUGACUGGGUUCCUGAAAUUUAAAGAACAUGGUGGAAAUCCAAAUGUGCAGUUUGAAAUUCUGGGGACGAACUACGGAGAAGAUUUAGGAAGAGGGAUUCGGAAAAAUUUUGUCUUAACUUUGAGGCAUGUUGGUGAGAUGUAA